AUGGCGGCUGGUCUUGAAAAUUGCCGGCAAAUUCUUCUAGACAGAUUUCCGUCAAUAGAUGGUGACCUUUUCCAGUAUGUAACAGGUAAAUGCUUAAAUUAACAUGUUUCUAUGAAACCUUGUUGUUGUCAAAGGCAAUUUUUUCUUUUCUUUGUAGGAUCCUAGUGUGCUCUGACUCAGUAAUUUACUCUGCGUUGUUUAUGACGAUCGCGCUUUGAUAAUCAUGAUAUAACCCAAUCCAUUUAUUUGAGCAGCAUAAUUUGACCCACUGUCUGUAAAUAUAACCCUGCCGGUGCGUUCAUUUAUGUAUGACGUACAUGUAUAACAAUCUUGUCCCGAAAAGAAUUUCUAUUCUCUUACUUUGAACUAAUUUAUCCAUUUCGAAUUCUCUUGCGUAUUCGAUCCCUCUCAUUCAUCUUAUGUUUACAUUCAUUUUUCUGGUAUCUUGUUAAAAAGUUUCGAAAACUAUAAAUGGUACGUGAUUUACUUAAAGAAAAAGAAAUGUUUCAAAUCGACUUGUAUUCAUUGCAUACCAUGAUAUCUCAAGAUAAUAGGUUCAGUGAUACUGAAUCAGAUGCUGGCGAAUAAGUUCUCUGGGAAAGGAAGGUCAAAGUGACAGCAGUUACAGAGAUUCUUGAUUAUUUGAUCAGGCGGUGUGAAUCAACACAAUAAUUAAUAUUAACAACCAACAAGGUGGAACGGGUAAUGUAAUUGUACUUGUAAUUUGUUUACCCACAAAACACUUUGGAGUUCUUCAGAACUCGUUUAAACAUGUCCAUGCUUUCCAGAUCAAGUUGGAAUUUGGAAGUGUGUUAUGACAUUUCGACAACCUGUGCAGUAGUCAUAUUCAGAGUCUAUUUACCACUGACGCAUUUAAUUUAUUUCUGUAGCGUUUACGUUGCAUACUUCAGUAUUGGAACUGAAAAAACAAAUGCACUUCUGUUGCUGUUUCUGAGAGGUUUCUUAAUAUCAAUACAUAUAUAAUAAAGGCACUUUUACUCCCGCUUGUCUUUGUGGUGUCCAUAUGGGCUGGGUUCCAAUGUACUUUACCUUGAAACUCACAAAACCGUGAACACCUGAAAUAUUUAUGGAAUGUUAUUGUGUUGUGAGAAAUAAGCCAAAAAUGCACAAGAUAACUAAACCGCAAGCAGCAACGGUAAUUAAUUUGUGGUUUUGAGGUUUGCUUGCAUAGCCCGAACUUUAUUGUGAUUGGCCAGUACACAAUCAACAUUCCUGAAAUUUUUAAGGUGUUCACGGUUUUCUGAGUUUGACAGUAAUAAUGGUGGGUUUCAGUUUGAGUGUUUUGUAUUCCAGUUUUGUUUUAUCUAGUUGCGCUAUCAAUAAUGAUAUUGCAGAUGUUCUUGAAAGUGGAUCUGAGGAUUUUGAGAGUGGUGAAGAGAUAUACGAUGCAGUUGGAAGCAUUUUGGCAGAAGUUGCUGGUGAUGAAGGAGAUGACAAAAUUAUUGACCUUUGUAAUCAACUUGUGGGUGCCUUAAAAGGGUAAGUGUCUUGUUAACAGUCAUCACAACAUCCUGCUUUUAAUAUUUCAAAUUUGCAAAGAGUGAGGGAGUGUGAAUUUUGCUUUGUAGUUUUAGUGAUGUACCCUAAAACUAGUUCUGUUACUUAGAGUACCGACCACUUUGAUUGAUUGUUUGAUUUUGAACAAAAUAGCUUUCCAUAAGAAACUUGCUAAGUUGAUUAUUCUGCCAUUCCCAACUUGUUAAUGAGCAUGGAAGGAAAUACAUUGACCAUUAUGACUGCAAGUUAUUGUAUUUCAAUUUCUCUUUUUAGAGAUGGCUGCGAUGGCACAGCAACAGGUCAGGGAACUCAUAAAUUACUGGAGGCUCCUGUGAAUAUGGGAGAGCUUGCAGAAAACUUACUAGGUAAGGUAAUCAUUAAAAGCUAAACAUUACAUUUGAGAAUAAAUACCUUAACCGUAUCACAAACUGUGUAGUUUCCAGGUGAAGGUUAUUGUGCUCUCAUUCACGUAAUCACUGAACUUUUCUCCCUGUCAGUAAUAUGUAUUAACCACUAUAUUACAGCAAUUAUUUAACCUAACUCACAAAACCUAAAGAACAUUUUUUUGUCAACUACUACCAUGUUCUUUCACCUUUUAGUAUUGUGUUUUUAUAUCUACCUGUAAAUUGUAGUGAACCCUGAUGAAGACACGCACAGCAUUUGGAUAGUGAAAAAAGAGUGCAACACAGUAAGCUUUAUCGUUAUGGUAGUAUAAAGUACACCCGUCAUACAUGUAUAUAUACCAUUUUAAGAAGUCAAAAAGUGUUGCACUUGGUCAUCUAGUAAAGAGAACUGUUUUAAUUUCCAAGUGACGUCUUGUUAGUUGGUAGUUUAUUCUAUUUGGGGGGUUUCAAUAAAAUAAUUAACCAGCAGGUUUGAAUAUAACAAUUGACUUUAUCAACAAGGAGCCCCUGUGUUAGUCCCCCUUUUCUAUGGGGGUCUGGAAGCAUGCUUCCCCCCCAAAUUUGGAAAUUGGAAAGCUGUAACAUGUGAUUCCCAGCAUUCUGGGGACCAGAUUGAGUACAACUGAAUACCGUCAAGAAAAUGUCGUGUUCAUUCAAGUUUCGAUUUAUCAGCCACACAAUCGACUCCUACAAGCAAUAAACAAAUGACGAUAACCAAAAUGUACAUUUUGCAUGUGAGCAAAUUCUGUGUAAACUUUUAAAGAAUUACAAGCACAAAAAAUUGACUGAACUACAGUGUUUUUAUAACAGUUAACCUUUGUGAAAACACAUAAUGACGUAUCCGUCAGAUUUUAUCAAUCCAUUUACGAUGUUGAAACUAGUUACUUCUUCUUUUGGGAAAAAAGUAGCUAACUUCUCUGAGCAAAGAAGCCUACAUGUUUUGUCGAUCGUCAGUGCGUAUUGAAACCCCUGUAUUUAUUAUUCUUAUCCAUGAGAUUAUGCUCCCAUAUCCAUGGCCAGUAAUUUCUUUCAAUGAUGUCACACUGCCCAAAGGGCAAGAGAUAUUUCUCAUUUUCCUCUGACCCUCAUGAUCAUGUGAAGUGAAGCAUUGGCAUUGCUUGUUUCAGGUUGUUGACCAGAAAAAGUUGCAGAAGGCUGAAGCUAAAAUAAAAGCAAAACAAGACAAAAGAGCACAGGAAGACCAAACUUCAAAUGAAAUCAGGGGAAGGUGUGAUGAUGGAAUUUAUAAGUUUUUAUUUUAGCUAUUGGUAGUAGUAGCUAAGGCUACUGAGACAUUGAUAUUCAAUACAGUAAUAUUAUUAUGCCAACUACUUAUAACAGGCAAAUAGACAAUGCAUCAGCCUGCCAGAGUUCCAACAAAAGAGAAAAUAAACUAGAACAAAGUGGUUCCAACAAAAGCCGCGAUGUCAGGAUAGAGAACUUUGACCUCUCUUAUGCAGACAGGUAAUGGUUUUCAGCUUGUUCAUGAAACUGUAUUGUCACUUAAGGGAAUGUUUUGAACCUAGAAAUUACAAUGUACAGUCAACUCUCUUGAAGAUAGAGACCCUUGGGACAGGCACUAAGUGUCCAUCUUAAAGAGAUUUCCAUCUUAUAGAGAGUCAAAUAAAGGGAGUAAAGAAAGCCAGGGACCAACUCUGGGUGUCCGCGUUAGUAAGAGAGAGUCAACUUAUAUAAACAGGGCCAAAAAAAAGAACUUAAACCUCAGCUUGUCCUUUCUAUGAGCAAAGUAUGUGCUGAAAACAACAAAUUGAAUAGGUUUUGAAUUUUAAUACUAAGGGUUUUAACUACUGUACCUGUAGCUUUCAGACAUUCAUUCUGUGAAUUCUAUUUCAGGGUUUUAUUAAAAGAAGCAGAAAUGUCCCUCAUCUUUGGUAGGAGAUAUGGUCUGGUUGGAAGAAAUGGAAUUGGAAAGACAACACUGAUUAAAAUGCUUUCCAGGUAAUUAUAAGAGUGACAUGAAGUAUCUCUUGUUAAAAAAGUCAGGGUUUUUAUUGAUUUGAAAGAGGACGCAGUAGCCCUAAAAGGCAGUCUUUGACAAAAAAGUUCUGCAGGAGUUCUCAUUUUCACAGACAUGUGUUUAAAGCCUUGUGUCAUUUGUAAAAGCAUCCUUUGAAAAAGAUUGUUGCUGUCUCUACAACUCCAUACACAAUAAACAGGUUGUUUAAAAGGUUUAUUUUUUCCUGCAGGCGUGAAUUAUUUGUUCCAUCACAUAUUUCUAUUUUGUGUGUUGAACAGGAGGUAAGUCAUGUAUUUUACAUUAAUGUUGAUUUUCUGUCAAAUUUAGGAUAAUUCUGGUAAUUUUUUAAGGUCCAUGGUGUUUAUUUUAAACACCACCCAUUUUUACCUUUAUUGUACUUACAACAUUUAGGUACGAGGGGAUGAGACACAAGUUCUUCAGAGUGUUUUAGAAUGUGAUACAGAGAGAAAAAAACUGUUAGAAGAAGAAAAGAAACUUCUUGCACUUACAGGACAUGGAAGGUACUCUGGAUUUUGUACUUAUUGUACUCAAACACAUUAUAAGCAGUGUUAUUUUCUCUAUGUAGGUAGCAAACCCAUUAGAAAAAGAACAUGCUUGAAAUGAUGUAGAAAUUUAGCCAAGACUAAAGGCAAAGCUUUUGUAGGGGUUUGUAAGGUCAUGUGAUUACCAAAACCAAAUUUUCAUAGCUAUGGGGCUCCACUAUAAAGCAUUGAUUCUAGUGGGACUAGGUCUGUGGGUAUAUAUAAGUCUGUGUUUAAUUGAAGGAGCCUGCUUACACAUUACUGAAAUACUAAGAUGUGAAGCCAGUGCCAAGUAUAAAACAGACAUACACAUAAGGUUGAGGUGGCCCGUGAGAACCAACUCUUAUUACAGUUACCAUUUGGUCUUGCAAGGUCCCCUAACAUGUUCAAUGUACUGGUCAAUCAUAUGUUGGAAGCAUUGCAUUUUUAAGUUGUUAUUUUGUAUUUAGAUGAUGACUGUGAUUUGUUUCAUCUUUUAUACCACUAAAUGAGAAAUUUCUGCAAUUUGAUUGGCUUAGAGCAGUAGUAUUUCAGCUUAAUUUGAAAUACCUACAUGUGAAAAUUACAAACCUUUUGCGGGUAGUGGUAUAAACAAAUAAUAGCAUGAUUUGUACGUGAUAUUUGGCAUAGAUACCACUCGUGAUAUUUCAAAAUUGUCUCAAAUUUCACUCGCCUAACGGCUCGUGAAAUUACGGAUAACAAUUUCGAAAUAUCACUCGUGGUAUUUAUGCCAAAUAUCACUACAAAUCAUGCUAUUACCUAUACUAAUUCUAAGGAAUUUAAAGGGUGUUAAAAGGGUGGUGGAAAGGACUUAAAAAAAUCUGGUUUGCUAUUGCUGUUUACCACUUGGUCUCUCCCUAGGAUACAUGUAUGAUUAUAGUUGCAGACAAUGCAAGUUUUAGCUGAUGAAGAAGUUAUGGCAUAUUUAAAUGACGUGAUUUGUCUCCACUUAAGUUCUGACUAACACUAUAUAUGUAAAAAGAGUUGAAUGGCUGUUGCAAUUGUUAAAAAUGAGUCACAAUCAGUAUCUAUAAUAAUCCCAACCUGGCACCAGAUAAACGCCUAUUGCUGUACAUCAGUCAGUGUACACAGUGAUCAUACUUCCCAGCUAAUACUGAGAAUACACAUGUGGUUAUGAUGGCUUUCAGAUGGCUGGGAAAACACUCAACAUUUUGCUUCUAGAGGACUUUCUUCCUGGUGUUAGCAGUGGUUGUGGAGUUAAAUUUGGUUACACUGUUUUUGUUUUGUUUUGUUUUUGAAUUUUUUUUUUUUUCAGCUCAAAAGCAGAUUCUACUGCUGAUGAUGCCAGCAACAAAUUGGCACAGGUAUGAAAUACAAUGUACAACCUGACCAUUAAACCCCAAGAACUGGUAAAACACAAUGUUUCCCAGUGAAAUGACAAAUACUGGUCUUUCCCUUGGAUUUGAGAAAAUUAUUCUUCACUUGUUACUUGAAUAUGCAAAUACUGUUAGUUGAGAUUUCCUUAAUGGGAAGAAAGCACACAAAUUUGAAAAGGAAGGACAAAGCUCUCUUCUGACUGGCCAUGGCAGGGUAAUUUAUCUGCAGAGACACCAUAAUCUUAAGUGGAAAGCAAUGAAAGCUCAUAAAGAAGGAUAGAAAUUUUUACCCUUGGUUAUGGUAGUUUUGAAUGUCUUACUGCCUGCUCACCAAAAUUAUCAAAAACUUAAACUUGCCAUUUUUAUAAAAUUUUUUUAAUUUGACUUGGAAAGUGGUAACAAUAAUCACUAAUAUUUUGUGAUUGUUUUCUUUGGAGGUGUAUGCAAGAAUGGAAGAAAUUGAAGCAGAUAAAGCCCCUGCAAGGUUGAUAGUAAUAAUGAAAUACUCUCCUAAUAAGUCUAAGUCUAACUGACCUUUCAGAGGUAUUUUAGUUUCUUGCUCAUGGGUUAUCACUACAUGUACUACCCUUGACCUGAUUGAGAAGUCAUUGCUGCAAACACUUGCCCAUUUAUUGAAAAACAUUUUUACCCAUUGUUUCUUUCUGCAUUUCUGUAUGUGAUAUGUUUCCCUUGUGAUUUCAACAUAUAUUUUAAGGGAGAGGAUGAUGGCAUAUUUAGAAUCUAAAGUCUAGUGGGGAUUUCUGACUUCUUAAUGACCGCUUUAAUGAAAAAACCCCUCCUGUAGUUAAAAGUUAAAUAACUAGAUAAUAGUAAUCAUUAGACAAAUAGUUAUUUUAAUUCUAUUAUUUCAGAGCCUCUAUGAUAUUGGCUGGACUGGGAUUCUCAACAAAAAUGCAGCAUCAGCAAACAAGGUGCACAGUAAUUUUGACUUCUUUACACAGUGCAACAUUGUACCGGUACAAAUUACAUAAUGGAGAGCAAUUAACUGUGGUCAAACUAGUCAAAGAAAGACUGAUGCUGGUUAUAGUUUACUUGUCCAAAGUUUAAUUCCUUACCAGUAUCCCGUUGAUUUACUACCGUAAAUCCUCUAUUUCAAGCCCAUUUGAGGGGAGGCUUAAUAGAGACAGGGGGCUUAUUUGAGAGGGAGGGCUUGUUUAAUUUAGAAAAGGCUAUGGUAUCAUUUCUCCAUAAAGAACUAGAAUACAAAGUAGAAAAGCUCAAGUACAAGAAGGUUGUAGGUCAUACAGCCGAGGAUCAGAAUCAAAUCUGAACUUCCGGUUGGUAAAUGAACCAUCCCAGAUCAGCCCACACAAAGUUUUACAAUCGUGAUAGAUUUAUAUAGUCUAUGAUUUAUUAGUGAAGAAUAAUUAGGGAAGGGGAGGGGGGGGGGGUCUUGUUAGAGGGAGGGGCUUAUUUGAGUGGGGGGUUAAUAGAGGAUUUAUGGCUAUUUCCUUUUUUGCUUGGUGUUACUUGCAGAGAACUCUCAGGUGGAUGGCGAAUGAGACUUGCCCUUGCAAGAACUUUGUUUAGUCGGUAAGAGACUUUUACACUCAAAAAUUAAAUACAUCAUUUACUAUACAUCAUAUGGUUUACUAUAGUCAUGUAUGCAAUGUGGUAGGAUUCCCUAGAAAUUUAAUUAUUUUUUUAUUCAGAUGUUAUUUGGACAUCAUAUACCAUGAGUAUUCUAUUAUUUUUUAUUCUAAACCUUAUUUUUACUUGCAGACCAGAUUUGCUUCUUCUUGAUGGUAAGAAAUCUCUUUUUUCUGCCAUUGGUUAUGUUAAAUUUGAUUUGCUUAACAAUGCUAAUGUAUCAUUUUUCAUCAUAUAGAACCUACAAAUAUGUUGGAUCUUAAAGCUGUAUUAUGGUUGGAGAAGUAUUUACUGGUGAGUUAAAUGUGUGUUGAGUUCAUAAAUAAAAAAUGUACAUGAUUUGUACGUGAUAUUUGGCAUAGAUACCACUCGUGAUAUUUCAAAAUUGUCUCAAAUUUCACUCGCCUAACGGCUCGUGAAAUUACGGAUAACAAUUUCGAAAUAUCACUCGUGGUAUUUAUGCCAAAUAUCACUACAAAUCAUGCUAUUACCUAUACUAAUUCUAAGGAAUUUAAAGGGUGUUAAAAGGGUGGUGGAAAGGACUUAAAAAAAUCUGGUUUGCUAUUGCUGUUUACCACUUGGUCUCUCCCUAGGAUACAUGUAUGAUUAUAGUUGCAGACAAUGCAAGUUUUAGCUGAUGAAGAAGUUAUGGCAUAUUUAAAUGACGUGAUUUGUCUCCACUUAAGUUCUGACUAACACUAUAUAUGUAAAAAGAGUUGAAUGGCUGUUGCAAUUGUUAAAAAUGAGUCACAAUCAGUAUCUAUAAUAAUCCCAACCUGGCACCAGAUAAACGCCUAUUGCUGUACAUCAGUCAGUGUACACAGUGAUCAUACUUCCCAGCUAAUACUGAGAAUACACAUGUGGUUAUGAUGGCUUUCAGAUGGCUGGGAAAACACUCAACAUUUUGCUUCUAGAGGACUUUCUUCCUGGUGUUAGCAGUGGUUGUGGAGUUAAAUUUGGUUACACUGUUUUUGUUUUGUUUUGUUUUUGAAUUUUUUUUUUUUUCAGCUCAAAAGCAGAUUCUACUGCUGAUGAUGCCAGCAACAAAUUGGCACAGGUAUGAAAUACAAUGUACAACCUGACCAUUAAACCCCAAGAACUGGUAAAACACAAUGUUUCCCAGUGAAAUGACAAAUACUGGUCUUUCCCUUGGAUUUGAGAAAAUUAUUCUUCACUUGUUACUUGAAUAUGCAAAUACUGUUAGUUGAGAUUUCCUUAAUGGGAAGAAAGCACACAAAUUUGAAAAGGAAGGACAAAGCUCUCUUCUGACUGGCCAUGGCAGGGUAAUUUAUCUGCAGAGACACCAUAAUCUUAAGUGGAAAGCAAUGAAAGCUCAUAAAGAAGGAUAGAAAUUUUUACCCUUGGUUAUGGUAGUUUUGAAUGUCUUACUGCCUGCUCACCAAAAUUAUCAAAAACUUAAACUUGCCAUUUUUAUAAAAUUUUUUUAAUUUGACUUGGAAAGUGGUAACAAUAAUCACUAAUAUUUUGUGAUUGUUUUCUUUGGAGGUGUAUGCAAGAAUGGAAGAAAUUGAAGCAGAUAAAGCCCCUGCAAGGUUGAUAGUAAUAAUGAAAUACUCUCCUAAUAAGUCUAAGUCUAACUGACCUUUCAGAGGUAUUUUAGUUUCUUGCUCAUGGGUUAUCACUACAUGUACUACCCUUGACCUGAUUGAGAAGUCAUUGCUGCAAACACUUGCCCAUUUAUUGAAAAACAUUUUUACCCAUUGUUUCUUUCUGCAUUUCUGUAUGUGAUAUGUUUCCCUUGUGAUUUCAACAUAUAUUUUAAGGGAGAGGAUGAUGGCAUAUUUAGAAUCUAAAGUCUAGUGGGGAUUUCUGACUUCUUAAUGACCGCUUUAAUGAAAAAACCCCUCCUGUAGUUAAAAGUUAAAUAACUAGAUAAUAGUAAUCAUUAGACAAAUAGUUAUUUUAAUUCUAUUAUUUCAGAGCCUCUAUGAUAUUGGCUGGACUGGGAUUCUCAACAAAAAUGCAGCAUCAGCAAACAAGGUGCACAAUAAUUUUGACUUCUUUACACAGUGCAACAUUGUACCGGUACAAAUUACGUAAUGGAGAGCAAUUAAUUGUGGUCAAACUAGUCAAAGAAAGACUGAUGCUGGUUAUAGUUUACUGAAUUGUCCAAAGUUUAAUUCCUUACCAGUAUCCCGUUGAUUUACUACCGUAAAUCCUCCAUUUCAAGCCCAUUUGAGGGGAGGCUUAAUAGAGACAGGGGGCUUAUUUGAGAGGGAGGGCUUGUUUAAUUUAGAAAAGGCUAUGUUAUCAUUUCUCCAUAAAGAACUAGAAUACAAAGUAGAAAAGCUCAAGUACAAGAAGGUUGUAGGUCAUACAGCCGAGGAUCAGAAUCAAAUCUGAACUUCCAGUUGGUAAAUGAACCAUCCCAGAUCAGCCCACACAAAGUUUUACAAUCGUGAUAGAUUUAUAUAGUCUAUGAUUUAUUAGUGAAGAAUAAUUAGGGAAGGGGAGGGGGGGGGGGGGUUGUUAGAGGGAGGGGCUUAUUUGAGUGGGGGGUUAAUAGAGGAUUUAUGGCUAUUUCCUUUUUUGCUUGGUGUUACUUGCAGAGAACUCUCAGGUGGAUGGCGAAUGAGACUUGCCCUUGCAAGAACUUUGUUUAGUCGGUAAGAGACUUUUACACUCAAAAAUUAAAUACAUCAUUUACUAUACAUCAUAUGGUUUACUAUAGUCAUGUAUGCAAUGUGGUAGGAUUCCCUAGAAAUUUAAUUAUUUUUUUAUUCAGAUGUUAUUUGGACAUCAUAUACCAUGAGUAUUCUAUUAUUUUUUAUUCUAAACCUUAUUUUUACUUGCAGACCAGAUUUGCUUCUUCUUGAUGGUAAGAAAUCUCUUUUUUCUGCCAUUGGUUAUGUUAAAUUUGAUUUGCUUAACAAUGCUAAUGUAUCAUUUUUCAUCAUAUAGAACCUACAAAUAUGUUGGAUCUUAAAGCUGUAUUAUGGUUGGAGAAGUAUUUACUGGUGAGUUAAAUGUGUGUUGAGUUCAUAAAUAAAAAAUGUUAAUACAUGUCUUACUGAAUUAUUUUAUGUACCAGUAAACAUGGUUUCACUGAGUCUCUAGACCACCUAUCCACUGUUAGGGCUGUCCCUGGCUGCAAACAGAAACUUAGCAAUACAAAUUUAGUAGCAUCAAGGUAUAUGAAAAAGGAAAAGGACUCACUUCUUGUCAAUGUGCAUCACUUAUAUUAAUAAUCCUGUUAGUGCUGAGCUGAGCUUCAAUGAUGUUUUUUCAAUCUUUAUUGUAAAUUGAAAAUUUAUUGUCAAAUGGAAAUUUUGUACUUUUCAACUGAGUUUCGUUCAGUCUUUCAAGGUUAAAAUCAUUAACAUUUUUUUUGUUGGCAGAAUUGGCCAUGCACUCUGCUUGUUGUGUCCCAUGACCGCACAUUUCUUGAUGCAGUUGCCACUGAUAUAAUUCACAUGCACUCACAGAGACUGGAAUCAUACAGAGGAAACUAUGAGGUAUGAUUUCUAAUGAGCAUAAUUUAUGGUUUUUGUGGAUGAUUGAAUCCUAACAAACAUGUGUUUAGUUAAGUGAAGAAAGCUGACAAACAGUACAUACAGUGGUUCCUACCACUACUGAGUCUUCAAGAUAACUGUCAUAAAUUUUUAUGAAUAAUUAAUAAUGAUUUUGGCGAAACAUAAUCAUGUAAAAACUAACAUAAUAAUGUUCCGACUUUCGGCAACAUCAUGUCACCAUUAUCAAUGAAUGGAAAUAAGGCCAAGUAGUGGCGUUCCAUCUUUACAGACAACUUAGGUCAGAACCCAAGAUCACGCAUGUUUCCAAACUGUUCAAUAAUUCAAGGAGUUUAAUCUGGCAAACUUACAUGUUACAGUGUAUGCACAUAGAGUAUAUUAAAACUGCUUGAUUUUGUUCUGUAUGAUAUGUCCAACACUAUUUGUUGUAAUUUUUUAUUUCAGAAUUUUGUCAAAACCAUGACAGAAAAGCUAACCAAUCAACAACGUGAAUAUGAGGCACAGCAAAUGCACAGACAACAUUUACAGGUUCGUCCCCUAUCAACACCUUUCAAGUUAUCACUUGUUACACUGUGUGGUAAGGUUGUGAAUGUCAACACCAGUUACUUUACUUUACUACUACUACUUUACUAAUUUUUUUCUUGACUGUAAUAUUUCAGGCCUUUGUUGAUAGAUGGAGAUAUAAUGCAAAACGAGCCUCUCUUGCACAAAGCAGACUUAAGGCACUGGAGAAACUGUAGGUUGAUAUGCAUGCACUACAAAAAAUUAUAAUAGCCUGAUAAUGGGGAAAUUUAUUACGCCUUUGAUUUUCUUAAGGCGCGUUUUCGCUUGCCUUGCCUUACCUUGGACAGUAACAGCCAGGGCUUGAAAAAUAAGUCCUGUCUAGCUGUCUGGAACAAGUAGAUUUUCUUGAUGGGUACUAAGUAACUUUAAAAGUUCACUUGCUCAAGUCAUCGUUGAACAAAAUCAUUAACUAAGACCAGCAAUAAGUUGCCCUGGUCAAGUAAAAUGGGAGAGCUGCUUACCCAAAGUACAAGCUGGAAUUCAAGAUUCUUCGAGCCCCUAGUUUGUCUGAAGGCAUGGUAAUAAGUCAAAAAGGCAAACACAUACUUGAACCUUUAGUGAAUGUAAGUCGUUAGCAACAAGAAGCAAUGCAAUAUCUUUUAAUUGAAGAACUUAGGACUUCUCAUGCGAUUAUUUUGUUUCUAUGUUAUAUCUAAGAUUUGCAAGGUCUUACAUUGUUGUUGUUUGUUUUAGGCCUGAUCUUCAGCCUGUUGUAGUUGAUCCGCCUGUCGUACUUAAGUAAGUCUAGUUUUUUGUUUGUUUGUUUAUUUGUAUUGAUUUGAUUGUGUGAUUGUUAAUUGGUUGUUGAUCCCCUGCUUACCUGUUUGCUUGUUUGAUUGAAAUGACAAGCUUAGUAAACCUAGCACUAGCAAAAAGUGUUCAGUUGUGAUAAAUUAUACUAAAAUUUAAUUUUGCAGCUUUUUUUUUCUUUAAAAAAUGAACCAUAAAAUUGAUCCUUCCCUCACAUCUGACCUCAAUAAUGCACCAGUUUCAGAAUACAACUGAAUUAGCUGCCGUAUUCAUUUCUCCUUUGGUACAAGAUAUUAGAUAUUGAUCAGUUUAUGAGUUUAUUAAUGUCUCUCGUUGUAGGUUUCCUGAAUGUGACAAGCUAUCUCCACCAGUUUUACAACUCGAUGAGGUAUAG